CGCUUCCGGUUCCUCGGCGCUGCCGCCAUGGCGCCGGCGCGGUGGGUGUUGCUGGCGCUGCUGCCCGCCCUGGUCCUGGCCCUCGGCCCUGCCGGGGAGCCGCGCCGGGCCCCGCCGCCGGAGGAGGCGCUGGAAGAAGCGGAGGAGCUGUGGUCGGAGCUGCGGUCGGAGCUGCGGGGCGCGGGGCUGCCCGGGGACCUGCCCGAGCUGGAGCCCGAGUGCCGGCAGCUGCUCGCCGCCUUCGCCGAGGACAGCGCUGCGCUGAGCGCCUGCCUGGCCCGCCGCGCCCGGCCCGUGCGGCUCUGCCAGGGCUGCCACCGCCUCUACAGCAGCCUCAUCGCGCGGUACCGCGGCAUCGCCCUCGCCGUCGGGAAUUCUUCUGAGAGCCACAAUUGUGCCAAAAGCAUCUUGACCUCAGACAGGCUGCAGAUAGUUGUGACACUUUCGGAGUUCUUUAAUGAAACCUGGGACACAGCCAACUGUGCAAAUUGUUUAAAGAACAACAGUGAGGGAUUAUCAAAUUCUACUGUAGAAUUCCUGGAUUUAUUCAAUAAGUCUCUGACAUGUUUUGAACAUAACCUUCAGGGACAAACCAUCUAUCUGUCACCAAAUAACUACACUGAAGUAUGUAAAAACUGCAACGAAACCUACAGAAUGUUGAAUGACCUGUAUAACAACUUGCAAAGGAUGAACAGGCAAGGUGGUGAAUCUGGGCACUCCGCUCACUUGUGUAUCGACGUGGAAGAUGCAAUGAACAUCACUCGGAAGCUUUGGAGCAGAACUUUCAACUGUUCUGUUCCCUGCAGUGAUACAGUCCCGGUGGUUGCUGUUUCAUCCUUUAUUCUCUUCCUACCUAUUGUUUUUUAUCUUAGUAGCUUUCUUCACUCAAAGCAGAAGAAACGGAUACUCAUUUUGCCCAAACGCAUCCAGUCAAAUGCCAGUCUUGUGAACAUCCAAGAAAAAUACAGCUGAGCUGCAAAACAAAACCUGAGAACUGCUGCUGUUAUACAGUGGGUACAAUUGUGUUGGAAUGGGGCCGGCACAAAAGAGGAGUUAAUUAUGGUUUAGUGUAAUGAUACAGAGCAACACAAGUUAAACAAAAUGCUGUCUGACUUCUAAGCGAGGAUUUUAACAAACAUGACAAGGCAGGGCUGUGUGACUCUGUAUGGACUCUGAUUUUGAAAAAUCUGUGGGUUUUUUUCAGUCUUGGGAUGAAGCUGGUAUUUUUCUAAGCUUUUGUAUUUCUCAUUGAUAGAAUAGUUACACUUUCCUUGCAUAUUUGUUUUCUUUAAUUUAUCUUAUUUGUUACACAUAAACCUGAAAUUCUGAAUCUUUGAGGUGAUUUUUAUAGACAGACAAAACUUAAAAUAAUAUUUGAUGUUCCUGCUUGAAAACAUUAAUUCCAUGUAACAUAUAGUUUUGCCAGACUUGGGAUGAACAGGAAGCCUUUAAAAAGAAAAAUUCCCAUCUUUCUGAUACCUCCGGGGAGGGGUGUUGGGGGUUGGAAAAUGUGAAAUGUGGAGGAAGUGAUAAUAUAUAAUGGCCAAAGCCAGCAACAAAAGCAACAGAACUGCCAGUGUUAGAUGUGAAUAAUAAUUAUUGGCGACUACAGUAUUCAGCUAUGUCCGAGGCAAGCGGCACAUUUAGUCAUUUGCACACUCCAACCACUGAAAUAAUUGCAUUUCAAAUGUUAAGUUUUCAAAGGCUUAUUUUAGAUGUCUGCUCGGGUAACUGAAUGCUUCACUGUCUAUUUAUUGUGUUAUUUCCUUUCCUUUCUAAUUUUCAAGGGGUGGGGAUGAUUUUUAUUGUUUUUUUUCCUUUUGUAAAGGAGAACGGAGUUAAAGUCAAGGCACUGGAGAUGCUGAAUUUCCUGAUCUAGAGCUUGCUAUGGCUUAAUACAGAAGUGUUUACAAGAACUUUGUAGGGAAAAACUUACCUUUUCUAGAUAAAUGUACAUUUUAGUGGUAAAUGAACCAGAGUGUUCUCUAACAUAAAAACUGCCCUGGAGGACAAUGAAGAUACUGUGUUGGGAAUUGAUGGAUAUCAAAAAACAGUUUCAAAAAAUUAGACCUGUGAAAUAGAUAAAUGUAAACAAAUUCAAGCUUGCAGUGUUCCAAAGCUGACGGAGAAAUUAGUGCAAUAACUGCAGGGCUGUGGGCACAACUCAAUAGCUGCAGCAGUACCGAUGUUUCACUUUGAUUGCAAUAGCUUUGAUUUGGGAGAGUGGUGGGGCUGAAGCGAUUGAUAGCUGUACUUCAGGCUAAUGAAUGCUGGAGUCUUUACUCCCAUUUUUAAAUGUGUUUGCUAACCUUGAGAUAAAAAUAAAUUACAAUUACAGCUAAAAAAUUAAUUUUCUCUUGUAAUCUGCCUGACAUCCGUCAAAAAACCCUAUGAAAUAGUCUUAUGUAUUUGACUUGCUUUGGAGCCCAGAACAUUAAAUAAUUCCUUUGCAGUAAGGCUCAAAUAAAUAUAUAAAAAUAUAACAACACAGUCAUAAAGCUCUCUUUCAAGUCAUUGGUUUCCUUGUUUUUCUUAGUGUUUUUUGAGUUAGGGCAUACUGUCAGUUUUAAAGUCAAGCUGACAGUGUGUUUAAUCUUAAGUAAAACACAGUGUUAGCGGUUGGUCCCACCCACAUGAUUGCUUUUUUGCAUUUUAUCAGUAAGAAGUAUUUAUCUCGCUCUGUUAAAGGUUGAAUUGCAGAGUCAACAGUCAGUUUGUUCUACGUGAUUUACAACAAUAACAUAAAACUGUGUUUCUCUUGCUUAUUACAUAAAGCUAACUUCUUGCGGCUGGGAGAGACAUGCUGCCUUUAAAAAGAAAAGAUUAUUUUUUAUAUCUCUUAUUCUUAAACUUCAGCUUUCAACUGUGUGCUCUAAUAGCAUUACCUUGAUUUGGGACAUCAUAUGAUUGAGAACUGUUGAAAGCAAUCUUUCAUUCGUGCAGAUAAAGCCAGUUUGUAUGCGCAGCAUUUCAGAAUGACAGCCUUUAUACUGCAGUGGCUUUUUGAGCACAUUCAUGUUAAGUAGGUCUGAAAGUCAUUACUUUUGGAUAUGGUGGUUAAGCACUUUAAAAAAAAAAUCAAAAAAAAAAAUCAGCUUUUCUUAUUUUCCUGGCUGCUAAGUGAAGUGGAAAUACUCAUGUGACUUUAGGUUUUUAUUUUAAAGCAGCAGCAAAGUUUACACAUGAGAUUUUAAAUAGUGCAUCUACUAUUUUCUCCUUUUUCUUUUCCCUCAAAUUUGUACUGCUAACUUUCUUUACACAGUGUUACAUUUUUGUUAAAAUAGUUCAUGUAUUAAUGGAUCAAAUUCUCUUUAUACUCUGUUUCCUAGAGAAAUGUGGAAGCACACAGACUAUGUUGAAGGAGAACUAGAAUUCUUUUUGCUGCUAGUCUUUCCUCUUGGUUUGUUUUUGUCUGUUUGGUAUUAUAUGUACUAACUAGAAUGAACUUUGAAAUGCUGGUUGUUUAUAUCUUUUUGUGCAAAUAAAGAUUUCUUAUUGUGGGGUAGCACUCUGAUUCAUAUUUAUACUUACUGGGAAACCUCUAAACACAAAGUUGGCUCUAAUAAAGAUUGUCAAUAAACAGCGAA